AUGAUUAUUUUUCGUUACCCACCACAAAGUGCUCAAAAUCUCACUCGAAUUAACCUCAUAAUAGGAUGUGCAGCUGCUGUUAUCUCUUCGGCAUGUCAAUCACUUGGCCUUAUUCUUCAAAGGAAAGCGCAUAUAUUAUCAACUAAGGAAAAGCUACUGAGCGGACAGGCUCAAUCUCCUUACAAGAGAUCGAUGUGGCAUAUCGGAUUUUUCUUGUUUAUUUUUGCUAAUGUCUUCGGAUCUGCAAUACAGAUAGUGAAUCUUCCUUUGAUAGCUCUUUCACCAUUGCAGUCUCUUGGAUUAGUCUUCAAUUCAAUAUUAAGCUCGGUAAUGCUACAUGAACCAUUUACAGCAUCAUCUACGUUGGGAACUACUUUUGUAGCCAUUGGAGCUUUCAUAAUUGCUUUCUUUGGAGGAAAAUUGUCACAAUCAACUACGAGCUUGGAAAUAUUUCUACAGCUUAUUAAAGAACGGAUGUUCAUAGUGUGGUCCCUGUUGUCUCUCUCUAUUGUAUCUGUUCUCUUAAUACUUGCUUUGCUUAUUUCUAGAAAAUCAAAAGUGGCAAACUCCUAUGUGGAUACAUAUCUACACACAUUUAUCGAAUUACCUUGGGUAGUUAAUAACAAUAGAAAAUUGGAGGGUGUGCUGUAUGGAUGUUCGUCUGGUAUACUUUCAGCAGACUCUUUAUUGUUGGCAAAGACAAGCAUGGAUAUCAUUAUGUCAGCUUUCACAGGACAUACAUUCUCGAGUUUGAACAAUUUUAUAGUCUAUUUUGUUGUUGCCGUGUUCAUUAGUCUUUGUCUAGCACAACUAUAUUUGUUGAAUGAAGGCCUCAAAUAUCUUUCAACUGCCGUUCUGUACCCACUGGUUUUCUGCGUCUACAAUUUUUUUAGCAUAGGAAAUGGACUCGUUUUCUAUCAACAGUGGAAAUUAAUAACAUAUGCUUCAGCGAUAUUGCUUAUUUUAGGAUCUGCAAUGAUUGUUUAUGGGGUUUUCCUUCUCAGUGGUGAGAAGCAAGCCAAUUUGGGUGAUGAGGUCCAUAUUCGGACUUCUAAGGGCACUAAUACACAUACGCCGAGAAGAGAAGGCAGUGCAUUUACUGUGAACAGUAAUUUAACGUCCAGUACAACAAGGCCACAUGAGCCAUUGACAUAUGAUUCAACUAGAUCAUUACAUUCAUAUUCAGGUGAUGACUUAAUUGUGGAUCCCAUUGAAACAUCUACUCUAUGUGAUGCGGGAGACAAUGAAGUAAGGACACAAUCGCAGGCAUCCUCUAGUAAUAUCUCAACUAGUCUUCCUGCGGCUUCGAUGCCCCAUUCGUUUUCUAAUGCAAGUGAGUUUCUAUCACCUAUAAUUAAGUCCACUACGGAGAACCUGAAUUCGGCAGGGCGAAAAGUUUCCGGGUUUUUACGUAAAUCCAUCAGUAACUUGCAUGGAAAAAGCACUUCUAUAGGAAGCACCACGCAGAGUGACGGUUUCAGCAAAAGGAUAGAAAGUUUAUUACCAAGUAGGGAGAAUAAUGAAAGAGAUAAAUUCGAAGUACCUGAAUAUAUAUCGUUUGGAUCGAUGAAGGACGGUUCUUCCUUUAUAAAGAAUUAUGAUUCGACAAAUAAUUCCCAGGAGAGUGAUAAUGGCAUUUCUAAUGAAUCUGGUAAGAAAGAUUGGUCCAGAAGUUUGGCAACCAAAACGUCAACUUCGCAUAAAUUUGAAAGAAAUGGAAGCAAAAUUAGAUCUCCUAAUGCACAUGUACUGUUUGAUACAUUCAGACCCUCUAACAUUGGUAUACCUCUGAGAAAACGAAAUCUCCGUAUCACUACCGACAUCCCUCGCGUUAGCAACCUUGGACAAAUAGGAUCCGUUAGUCCAGUACAGAAUAAUGAAUUGGAUUCUGAUUACAAUUCAAACAACACGUUUAAUUACUCCCUGAACAAUACUAUUGAAGAAAUACAGAGUCAGAUGCACGAAAUUGAUAACAAAGCAAGAAUUUGCAGUGGUAUGGAAGAUCAAGAUGACCUUAAAAAUUACCAACAUGCAAGUUCUCAGGUAUCGCAGAAUCGGGUUGAAUUAAAAAGAAAGGAAGGAAGAACGAGUGUUUCUUUUGUCCACGAUCAAAUCCCGAGACACGAUAGUUUGUAUGUCCCAAAACGGGGAGGUAAAACAAGAAACUUUACUACUAGUAUUAUUCCAUCUGUUAAAGUUCAUAGGAGAAACUUGUCUUUCGAACAAUCAGAGCUUCUUGAAGAAUUGAAUGGAAGGAAAUAA